UUAUAGCAGAACUGUGGCAGGCAUUCUGACACUGGCGGGAACUGACUUGGUGUCACUGACAUCCCCAGUGACACCAAAACAGUGAUCAGUGCUAAUAAAAAGCACUGACACUGUACUAAUGGCAUUGGGCAGGAAGGGGUUAACAUGUGGGGUGAUCAAAUGAAUAACUGUGUGCUGUUUCACUGGUUAGCUGUGUGUCUGUGUCUGUGUGCUUUACACUGUAAUCACACUGCUUUGGAUGGCUGUGCUGUGCACAGCCAUCCAAAGCAGUGUGCACGAGCUGACAGGAAGGAGAACUGUAUUGUUUACAUACGGUUCUCCUCCCCAUCGGAAACG